AUGGAGGCCAUGGUUCAUGAGUACUUCCAAAGAGUGCUCACGCGAGCCGAUGGGGACACCGCCAGCCGGAUCCUGCAUCCCAGCGUGGAGCAUCGAGACAUGGUCCGAGACAUCGGCUACCAGGGGGUGAGGGAAGUCUUGGAGUACGUUCACCAAGUGAAGAAGUCCUACCCCGACCUUUGGGUGGAAGCCACGGAAUUUGGGCCUGCCGAAGGCGGCCAGGCAAUCUUUGCAGCUUUUGAGGGACUGGCCACCGAGAAGACGCCCCUUUUCAAAGGGAUCGAUCUCUUCCGAUUCAAUGAUGACAUCACCCGCAUCACAGAAGUGGAAGUGUACCGGAGCAACUGGCAGGGAGCCAAGGGUCACCAAGAAAGGAAGAAAGCUGUUGCCAACGGGUCCAACGGCAACCCCGCUCCCAACUGA